AACACAUUCAAGAGAUAAUUCAAUUGAUAAUUGUGAAGCUACAUAACUAAUGAACCGCAAAAUACCUUUGCCACUUCGCAAUACGAGUGUAUACUGAAUACUUGUUUCGAAGAAGUUUAGCCGCAUAUUUCUAAUCACGACUGAUCAAAACAGCAACAGUGAAUGAUGUCAGGUCGACAAGGUAGGUUAAGAUGGGGUUAUGUCACGGUAGUAACAGAAUAAGAUCCUCUUUGUGAUAGUCGAAACAUAAAUACACGUACUUCUCUCCGUUAAUGACGGUUGUUUCGGGUUAUCGAUCGCUGCUGGAGCUAUCCUUUUCUUUCGAUCUAACAAAAGUUACCCUAUGACUACUAAACAAUCGAAUCAACGCUGCAGAAUGUAAUUUCAACUAUCUCUCGCCCGACCAAAUGCCUUGCACGUCCUUUGCUUACACUCGCAAUAUUUAAAAAACAAUUUGAUUUAGUCUUUGACGUGCUCUCAACCGGAACAUGGGUUGGAUGAGGAAGAAACGUGCUGCAAGAUCUCAACGAUCCAACUUCUGAUUGACCCCGCGACAAAAUCAUUUAUGGGUAUUGGGAUUUCUCGCGUCAGUAUGUUAAAACUGCGAAAAGCCCAAGGGCUGCAAUAUCUUUUAUGCGUUUCGAUACUGAGAAAUAUGGACGGCGGCCUUCUUUUGUUAACCUCCUAAAGCAAUUAAAGUCAAGCGAAGGUUGUAUCACUGAGUUUAAAUCUCACCCAAUAGUUAUGUUCACACGGACUUCACUGAAAUCAUAGUUGAUAAUUAUGCUGAAAUUAGGCAAGUAAAACAAACCAAUCAAUACCUUGAAUGUCAUGCCAAAGAAGAUACAUGAUAUUGUCAUUGAUAAAAUGACCAGCUCUUAUGGCAUUCCUGAGCCGAAAAUAGCGUCUUCAAGAGCGUUAAGUUGAAAAACGCGUUGCAGGAGAGAAACUGACCACCAUGGUGUUAAAUAUUGGUACACGUGGAAUCGACUUUCAGAUGGUUACUUAUAAAACUACCCAAUCAUUAUGGAUAUGUUACUGGCCGAGCUAGUAUCCCAUCCCAAUCAUGUUUUUACUAAAUGGCAUUUCUUAUCAAUUCCAAGAGUCAAUCGAGUUCUAAAAGUAGAAAUCCACGGCGUAACAUGAAGGGUCACCUAAAUAAAUCAUUAUAUCUUUCAUCUGAAGUGCUUAAAACUUUUUAACAGUUCACCAUCACUCAGGAUAUUUCUAAGCCGUCAUAUCAGUCGUUUACUUCGGCCUUGCUUGACGUUUCAAACAUCACGUCGACUAUUUGAAUAGUUCGUAGGAAACGGAAUCGUUCGGUUAGCUUUAAAAAAAUAGUAGAAGUUAACCGCGUUAAUCUAAAACAUGUAAAAAAUGUAAUGUCUUCGACACAACUAAAUCUUUUUUUUUCUCAAUAGCUCAACGGCCUACUGUUCGUACCUGCGCACUGUAAAAGAGCUAUAUACAAAAUAUAUAACAGGAAUAACAAUACCCUGAUGACCUUCUUGUUAGACAAUGUGGGCAAACUGACAGCCGUACACGCUGUUGAUCGUGAAAUAAUUCAAAAACUUCUUAAGCGACCUGACAGUAUCAAAUUUACUUCCUGUUUUGCAAACCAGCACACUAGUCAAACCGCGCGGACCCUGCUUCAGUCUUUACUUUCAGUCCUCUUCCCUUACUUACUUCUGUUUUCUCUGAUGGGCCUCACGUCCGCACUGAUCUGGCAAUUUAUAAGUGCUACAUUAAAAUGCUCCACUUCGGACAAUGUUUGUGUGGAUGUGUUUUAAGUGUUUCACUGCAAGGUGGUUUAGUGUGCACACAAGGCCGCAAAUUCUUCAGUUACCAAUGAACUUUUUAUCAAACGAAAACGGACGUUUUAUAAGCGAGUCAGUGGGAAGGAAACUGGUGGUUAAAACUGCAAAACAUUUAAGAACUGUUUUAUUAGUCCGGAACCCCCUGACUAAGACAGUUCUUAAAUUAGACGUUGCAGCCGGCGGCUGACUGCUAGCCAGUCCGCAGGGUAAAGUCACGUUUCAACCCAACUAACUGAUUUCAUUUGAUAAUAUAGAGGGUCACUAUCGCGAGAAAACAUGAAUGUCGUUCAUUCUGAGAAUCAAGAGCGGUUAAAAACCUUCAUAUUGCAAAUUUCACAGCUUGUUUUAGUAAGUCCAGUAGCCUACGUGUAGCCGCACCCUCCACCCGACAGAGGAACCGUUAGUAAGUCCAGUUGACUGAAAAAACUAUUAUGAGCUUCCGGCUUCUCCAGACUGAUUUUGAAGCCCGAUAUUAUCCACGUCCGGUGUAAAUGAGGUGGCUAAUACAGACUUGGUUUAACAAAAGACUUUCCCACAUUAGUCUUCGGAAAUAAGUUGACUUUUACAAAAAAUUUAUAAUUCCUAAAACGCUUCACACAUGACACUAUAAAUUUCUUUAAUAAUUAACGUCAACAUUCUAAAGAGACAAGAAAAAAGAAGAUGACUGAUUAGUACAAGCGGUGGGCGUUAGUUUAUCACAAAUCCAAAAGAGUUGUUGUUUGAUCACGUCAAACUAAUAAUGUACACCAUCAAAUAUGAAUUUCAAGGUCUGACCACCAAGUAUUCCAAUGUAUUAAGUACAUACACCUGUUAGUAUAAGUAAACUGGCAUAAAAUUCGUGAUGUGUUUCAUGUUAGCCUCAGUCAAUCCAGCACCGAACCGCCUUAGCUGGCCGGCCUAAUCACCAAAAGUUGUCAAAUAAUGACGAUCCGGUAGAUGGCGAUUUAAGUGGCAUUGUGAGGAAAGCAUUAAUAACAUUUGUGGUGAAAAUACACUCACAAAGGUUUCUUUAAACAACCGAGGCAUUUUUGUUGAUUUUUUCCUUCGAUCAACAGAGUCUAGAAAAGGUCAACACGCACACUGCACGUGUUUUGCUUUCCCGCCAAUUUUUCAUUCGCGCGCUUUUCUUAAGGAACAUUUCCGACAUUUUCAUGAUUAAUUUACAUUAAUAGAAGGACUUAAAAUUGCACUUAUUUACGUAAAAAAAAUAAGAAGCAAACGAACAAGUGUGAAGAAAACAUCGCCUUUUGUUUUAAAUCCCAUAAUUGAUGCAAAGCUUCCUUUUUUUAGAUCAAAGGUCACAUUUACGAUGUUUGAUUGAAUAGAAGCGUAGAUCCUGUGAGUGUUGGAUUCAAUGACUGACAUAGCUCACAUUCCACUUAAUCGUAGUUAAAGACGCUAACUCGAUCUCGUAUUUCGCCCUUCCUGUGCCGUGUUUUUCUCGCUCUUGCUGCUGAACGAUCCUGAUCCAAAUCACGUCUCUUACAAGAUAUAACGGACGAGAAUUGUAGUCACAUCAAAGUCAUCUUGAGCACGGUGAAAAGAGAAUAUUCAGUUGUAUGAUUGAUUGCGUUAUCGUAGCUGUUUUCGACUCCCGGCAAACAUAAAACGCGACAUCAACAUUAUGGCUAAUCAACUAGGUAAACUGCUCACAAAUUUCGAUGUUCAACGUAUUUUUAAACAAACCCGCGGAGACUCGAUCUGUAGCUGUGUCGUUUUUCUAGAUUUGUUUUUGUUGUAAUAUUUCUGCAUCUUGUUUCUUCAGGGCUGGAUCUACCAAAUGUUCGAGACGACAAGUCCACCGAUCUACUAAUGCAUAAAGCAAAAGAUGAUCUUGCUUAUGAACCUAAGGAAUGGAAUGGAAAAUCGAACACCGACAUCGCCCAAACUGAGACUGGCGAAGGAGGAAAAGAAAAGCGCGAAACUUGGGGUCACAAGGCGGAAUUUAUUCUAGCAACAAUCGGCUUGGCCGUCGGCUUGGGUAAUGUUUGGAGGUUUCCGUACCUGUGCCAGAAAAAUGGAGGAGGUAAGGAGGAUAGUUUAAAUCAAUUUCCUUACUGCUAAGUUUGACAAAGUGGGAGAUCGUACAGACCACCACUAGCUUCCUUAUGAAAACAACGUUCCAUGUGUUCGAAUUACGUUGAGAGAUCAGGUCGCGUCUGAGCGCUUUUCAAAGGAUCAAAUUUAUUUUUAAUCAAACUGUUAUUGAUCUUACUCGAAAUCAUUGAAAUUGAUCGAUUGAUGAUCUCCUUAAGAAAUACACUAGUAUCCACGAAAUUCGCUUGUAAAAAUUUCCCACUUAUACUGCAAAGCUAAGAACUAAUCAGAAAUUUGCAUUUAUAUGUUGACAUAGUAAGCCGUAGUAAUCUUGAAUCAAUUUUUAAUGUCGUGAGUACUGGAUCACAAUAUUUACACGGAGCGAAUGAACACGAAAUAAGUACAUGAACAUUAAUUAUUCAUACGCAACUUAACUUACUAUUUUGCAAAUUAAAAACAUUUGUAAAACUUUAUCCUAAGGAAGGCAUGGGGGCGCAAGUACGAUUCAAAUAAGUGUUGAAUCUAAUAUUCCGCCGUAUCCAUAAAAUAUUCAAUGUUACAAAUCACACAAGACUGAGCCCUACAAAUUAACAAAAUCAAUGGCCAAUCAAAAUACAAGAAAUAAAAAAAUAAAUAGAUAAAUAACUAAAUAAAUAAAUAAAUAAAUAAGAAUAUAACAAUAUUCAUUUAGUGAGUUAUUGUGUGACCCACGAACAUUAAGUAAUGGUCCGCGUAAGAACUAGGCAGGCAGAACGCAAAAUCGAUUAAAAGGUGUUAACUUUUAAUUUUUAAUUGCAAUUAAAUGGUGCGUUCUGAUUGGCUGAAAUCAAAAUCAAAAUACAAGAAAUAAAAAAAUAAAUAGAUAAAUAAAUAAAUAAAUAAAUAAAUAAGAAUAUAACAAUAUUCAUUUAGUGAGUUAUUGUGUGACCCACGAACAUUAACUUUCGUGUACGUUACAGUUCAAUUUCCGUUUAGUUUCAUUCAUUUUUGCAACUAGCUUCAUUUUUGUAAGACUGGUUUCAUUGUUCAAAGCUACAGUGACAUCCCAGGGAAUGAAAAUCAAAACUUUUUUUUCAGGAGCCAAUUUGAAUUGGCUGUCUGAAUCCUUAAACGUUUAUCACCUGGUUUUCUGAAAUCAAUUAAAAGUAGCUUUAUUCCGUCAUGUUUUUUUAAAGAGGUUUAUUGACAUAUUUUAAGUAAUUUACAAUGUCUUCAAGUCGUUCUGGCCAACUUUUUUUUAUAGACGAUAUCAACCAAUACUCAAUCAUCUUUUACCUUAUGAUCAGACCUUAUUUCCGUCACUGGCCCUUGCUACAGGAAAUCUGCUAUUUUACCCUAACGGGUUUCGUAACGCUAAUCAUUUCAAAUUGUUUUAAGGCCAAUUAGGGAUGUAGCUAAGGAAAAGUUAUCUUCAAGCCGACUUUUUACUUAACUGCACUUUGAAAAUCACCCCAUGUCUUUGUAUUUGAGAGCGACAAUUUUAUUGAACCGGUGGUAACCUCUCUUUAGGCAGUUUUUAGCUACAUCCCUGACUAGUGUGUUCAACAAUUUAGAACACUUAUCCAUUUAAUAACUUUCAAUACAUUUAUUUACCCUGCAAAAUACCUUUAUUCUCUUGUACGCUUUUAUUUCACUGUUAGUUGUAUUAUUUUGAUAACCGUGAGCAUUUGGUUAGGACAAUAAAAAGGUCCUAUAAAUUCAGUUUUCUUUACUGUAAAAAGAAUGAUCAAUUUUAUCAAUCAAAAUUCCAUGUCCUGAUUUUAAAAAAAUGGCAGUGCAUAAAUAGUUCUCUUGACUUGCAUUUCUCAUCUCUUUUCUUCAAGCUGACUCAAUAAUUAUUUACGACAAACUAUAACUUUGACUCAUUAUUCUUGCUAUUGCUACUGUCUUAAACUCAUUAUAACAAAGUCUUGAAGUCUUGAGAAUCUUACCCAUAGUGCAAAUGAUGUUAAUGAUAUGUUUUUCUCAAUCUUUAUAAACUAUAUUAUUUUUCUAAUUUAACCCUUUUUAAAAAAUGUUUUCUAAUGAGUUUUAAGAACCCUAUAGCGUCAUCAAAUUUCACAUUUGGUUUUUUGGCUGCUCAACAGGUGCUUUUCUUAUUCCGUAUGUAAUCUUCAUGGUGAUAGAAGGGUUACCACUCUUCUUUCUGGAGCUAAGUAUUGGUCAACGAAUGAGAAAGAGUGCCAUACGAUGCUGGCAAGAUGUUCACCCUGCCUUGUUUGGAAUUGGUGUGGCAUGUCUAAUGGUUUCUCUUAUGCUGUGUUUGUACUAUGUAAUUGUAAUAGCAUGGUGUUGUUAUUACUUUUUUAUCUCAUUUACCAACUCACUGCCAUGGGAGCACGACAAGCUGUGUCCUGGCUAUAACACUUUCAAGGCUCUAGAGAGAGAGGUUGAGGCUUGCAAAUUAAACACCACAUGUUUUGCAACAAACUACACAACAUUGAAGAUGAACUACGACACGUUCCCUGACUGCUGCGUGAGAGAUCCACCACAAUACUAUUUCUAUCACCAUGCACUGCAGAUCUCAACAGACAUUGAAGCAAGUGGUGUUGGAUUGAAUGGUAAACUUGUUGGAUGUCUUGUGUUUGCCUGGAUUAUCACAUAUCUUUGUGUGGUCAAAGGAAUUAAAUCAAGUGGAAAGGUAUUGUUUAAUGACAGUUAAGCUGGGGGUAAAUGGUCAUGAUAGUUAAAUAAAGUUUCAAACAUCACCAACCUUUGGCCAGAACUAUAAUAUCAACUAAGGGCGGCCAUCUUGAUUUUCACAUGUACCGAGGGUACGGGCGUCGGGGAUUAUAGCUCUAGGGGGAGAGGGGCGAGAAAAAAAAUUGUUUCUCACCUCCUCCCAAACCGUUCCCCGCCCCCUAAGUAGAUUUGAUACUCUUCCCCAGGUUAGACUCGGUACAACUGAAAAUCAAAAUGGCCACCAUUAAUGGUAGGAUGUGCUCGAUCUCGACGAUCUCACGGAAAAAUAGGAGACUGUGAACAGUCUAACGGGUCUGAGAAAGAAACAUUAAGGAAUUAUGCUUGGUAUUCAUAACCUGACAAACCAAUUUGGCCACCAACCACAAAUGUGGUGUGAGAUUUAUGAAUUGUUAUCUUAAAUUACUGGAUACAACAUUAUAUGCUCUUUAAAUACUGAGACAUUGAAAUUCUGUCUUACCAACAGGUUGUGUACUUCACUGCUACCUUUCCAUAUGUUAUUCUGAUCAUCUUGUUCUUCAGAGGUGUUACCUUGGAAGGAGCGGGAAAGGGUGUCAAGGCUUUUUUCAACCCCAAUGUAAGCACUUAGCUCUAGCAAAUAAAUCUUUCCUACUGAUCACAAAUGGUAUCAACAAAAUUGUGGGUCACGUGGUCUGGAAAUCAUGGUCGUUCUCCUGGUCUUCUUCGAGUCACUGAUUUUAGACCUUUCUACAGUGAAAUGUUAAAUUGAUAAGCAAGAUUUUGGCCCAUCAUAUUUUACCCUUUACCCCACCUUUUGCUCUUGUGUAUAAAGCUACACCCUUCAAAACUCUCCUUUAUUGUCCUUGGACACUUCAUUUAAAGAAACUGAAGAGAAUCAGGUGAAAAAUCAAGACAACCCACCAAUGCCAUUUCUAGGUUUAUUUUGAUGAUUUCUGUUUGACAAACCAGUGAUAACUGUAGUAACAGGAGAAAUUUGAUUCUGAUCAUUCGUAGCGCUUUUAAGUGUUAAUACCCGUCCUAUUAAAUUAUAAUGUAUUGCAGUGGGAGCUGCUGAAGAACGCUGAUAUUUGGAAGGAUGCUGCCACACAGAUGUUCUUUACUCUCAGCCUGGGUUUUGGUGCCCUAAUUGCAUUUGCCAGCUACAUGCCUAUUCAUAAUCAAGUAAUGCGAGAUGCUUACACUGUGGUAUUUGUCAACUGUGGCACAUCACUAUUUGCUGGCAUUGUGGUGUUUUCUAUUCUGGGAUACCGAGAACAUAUAACAGGAAUCCCAGUCACUGAGGUAAGAAUUCUUCCAUGAAAAUUACUUAGCAGGCAUCCCGGCCUUUUAAGUGGGCAUUUGUUGCACUCAUCAACACUAAGCAACCUUAUGCAGAUUAUUAUUGAGUCAUAUUUUUCACCAACAGGUUGGAUCAGGUCCAGGCCUUGCAUUCAUGACAUUUUCUGAUGCCAUUCUGCUAAUGGAUGUGUCUCCACUCUGGGCCAUUCUUUUCUUCCUGAUGUUGAUUCUCCUUGGAAUUGACAGUGAGUUUGGAACCCUGGAAGCAGCCAUUGGGCCAUUGAUGGAGUUAAAGAUCUUCCCUAACAUGAGGAAGGAAUUGUUGACGCUCCUUGUUGCUGUUAUCCUGUUCCUCGUUGGCUUGUGCAUGGUUUCUGGCCCUGGUUUUUACAUCUUUCAAAUGUUUGAUGACUAUUCUGUUACCAUUCCAUUGUUGGUUAUUGCCUUGUUCCAGUGUAUUGGAGUAGCAUGGGUUUACGGAAAUGACAGGUAUGAGACUAAGUUAGUGUACAACAACGUGAAAUACACAUAAGCAAAAGUUCCAAAUAGUCACGAACAAGAAUUCUGAUGGAUAAAAGUAAGGUGCAUUUAAGGACCAAACACUCUUUCAUUGAACUCUUUGUGUGAUCUAAAUCAACAGAUUUGCUGACGACAUUGAAUUCAUGACAGGAAAACGACCAUGGAUCGGCUGGAUGAUCUGUUGGAAGUACAUCUCUCCAACUGCUUUGUUUGUUGUUCUCGUUGCUCUUGUUGCUCAACAGAGCCAAAGUGCUCCCCAGUAUUCCAAAUUUGUUGGAUGUAAACAGGUAAAUGGUCAUUUUCUAGUAUAUUCACUAAAUUACGCCAAAAUAUUCAGCUCUAUUUCUUGAGGAAAACUAUUGAAACCAAUUGAAUAAAAAAUAUUUUAAACAAUGCUUGUCUUAUAAUCUUUUAAUGUCCUGUACAGGUCAAGAGUUUGCAUGCUGUAAUAUAUAGUUUGAAACCUUUAACCACGUUCCCUUAAUUAUGGUGCUCUGCCUUUCUGAAAAACCUUUCUCAUAAUACUUGUUACUACAUAAUUGUUAUUCCAUGCAUUUUGAAGUUAAUGGUACAUUAGAAAAACUGGUAAUUUUGUGGUGAAUACAAAGAAAAAAUGCACACAUGUAUCUCAAAUUAGAGGAAUCGCACUAUUAAAUUCUUUGCUUUAAAUAUGUGGCAGGAAGUUAAGCAUUCUUUCUCUUUCUCAGGAUCCAUACAGUGGUAAUGGCUCCGAUACCUGGACAAUGAAAACUGACUAUCCUGGAUGGGCAGUAUUUAUAGUUGUUCUCAUUGUCCUUGCUUCCACUCUUCCUAUCCUGAUAUGGCUGAUCAAGGACUGGCCAAAGAACUGGCGCACAAGUUUUCAUAAAACAUUCUGCACUGGUGUCAAUAAUUACCUCCCUGAUCCAAAGAAGGAAGACACUCCACAGAAGGCAGCAGCCACCAACUAUGGGGUUGAUGGAGGCCGCAUCUAAACUGUUUAUAACACCUACAGCUGCUACACUCAUUUGUUGCAAAAGUACAUGCAGGAAUAAUAAUUAUGAGGUUACCAUAAAAUUUCACCAGGACUUACAGUAUAUACUUCUCAAUGGCCUGAGUGGAGUAUUAUGGGAGGAAUUUUUGAGUUUAAAGGAGUUAUGCCCAUGGUCUUCAUUCAAGGCACCAAAACUAGUUUUAGUGAUUUUUGCAAACCUAUUGCACCCAAAACUACUUGGCUAAUGAAUGUAAACAUUAGGAUUUUAGCUGUUGUUUGAAAGUAGCACAUUAUUGCAACACCUUUUCUUAAACACUAUGAACUAUUGUCACUUAAUUAAAACAACAUAACUUUGCACAAUCAAGGUUCCCACAUGAAACCUGGACCUUUGAAAUUUCUUUUUAUUUUGACAAGAGCUAGACAACAGAAAAUGCUGAGCAAAAGUUUUUCUGGCUUGUAAUUUCAUGACAAUUGCAAUUCAUUAAGGAUUUAGGAGCACGAGUUAUAUGUAAUAAUCUAGGAAGAUCAGCCUUCAAGUCUUUCACCUUCAUUUCCUAAACGUUGUUACUAGUACACAAAACGUAGGAAAAGGAAAAACAAGCUUGAUUAAGUGCACACAAUUUAUUUUCUGUACCACAAACAACAAGUCAUCAAUUUUACAAAGUUUCAGAUUCUUGAACACCAUGAAAUGUUGGAUUUUAAAUUUUUGUUUCUGUGAAAGUCACAUGUUGACACACUAACAGUUUCCUGGUUCAUGGUGUCUGUUAAAAUAUUGCUUUUCUUUAGCUUGCCUACCAGGACCUGGAAAAAAGCUACGUGCAUAAUUUUUUGUGGUAUUUAUGGUUUAAUCAAAUUGAUUAAUUUUGCACAAAAUACAACAGCUCUCCCAUGGGAUUUCAUGGCGUAACAGAACCAUUACCUGUAGGGUUAUUAUUAAUGUUGAUUUGUCUACACUCAUUUGAAGACUGUCAUCACAGACAGCUAAACUUAUGGUGUAUAAGAAAGUGGUAGAAUAACUUGAGUUGGGUCAUGCUUAUGGUGCUUAAGUGGGUCAUGCUUAUGGUGGCUGGAGGAAAUCACCAGCACUCUGGCCCUUAGAGACAGCCCUGGGCCUUAACUGUUUAAUAAGCCUGUAGUGUUAGUCAAACAAAUUCAGAAUUAGCACAAGGCAUUUUGCCUUAUCAGAAACCACUAUGUAUAUGUUGUAGAUAAUUUUUUGUCUCAGUUAAUUUUGUUUUCUAACUAGUUAAUUUUUUUCUAACUAGUUAGUUUUUUUCUAGCUAGUUUAUUUUUUUCUAACUAGGUAAAAAAUAAUUUAACUAGUUACAUUUUUUUUGGCUGGUUGAUUUUUGUCUUUGCAACAAAUUAUUUUUAUAAAACCUGUUAUUUCCUUUUUAAUGUGGUUACCAAACAGCAACACUGGGGUAGGUUUUCAGUCAAUAACUGCCACCUACUGUAAUCUACUGGACCUUUUCUUUGACAGAUUUUGCCUUCAAAAUGAUGCCUCAGUAUUUUAAGAAAUAAAUCAAUGAUCAAGUAUAACACCUCACUCUGGGCACUAGCUUGUACCAAAGCUCAUCUUUUGAACUUGUCAGCAUUUCAAAUAUUACACCGAGGGUAGUAAAAUAAUGCCCCUUAGGGCUUAACAAAUCUCAGUGUAAUGCUGAUUUUCAGAGCAUCUGACCUCAUGGCGGCCAUGCUCGUGGUCAAGAACAAAAACAUUUACUUUAGUACGAACUUUACUCUUUUUUCAUGCAAAUUGUGCAAAAACGUUUUGUAAAUUGUUUUGUCCACCAACAUUGUCACUGGGUUGAAAACCAGCAAUGGAUACAUUCCUGGCCGGGGAACAUCCUCCCGCCCAGCAUCCCUGUAUAUUUGAUUGGGGUAUAAACAACUAACCAGCAUCAUUCAUGCUCUUUAUUCACAAAUAGACAAAUUUACAGCCAAGAUCCAAGCUUGUUUCCUCGCCCUUCUACUUUGCAUUUGAUCCUAAUAAGACCUAAUAAGCUUAACAAACUCUUAGCGCACAAGUGAGCAGCUUAAGUUCUUAUGUCC